CCAUACCACACCUUAAGCCAAUGCCUCCUCUUCCAAAACCAAGAUGAGCACGACUGGUGGCAUCGAGCGGCACCCGUGCUCGCCCAGAUGCUGCAGAACGCCGACUACGAGGUCCACAAACAGUACCAGUACCUGGCCUUCUUCGCUCAGCACGUCGUGCCCGCACUGGGUCCAUCCCCGACCAACCCGCGCCCCAGGCAGUACCGGGGCGUUUUUAACCUCGAGUUCAGCCAGAACUUCCAGGAGUCAGGCUGCAUCAUUCGGCUCGCCUUUCAACCAACAAGCUACCUCGCCGGCAGCCCCGGCAGAGACCCAUUCAAUCAACUCGCCACCCCGGAGGUCCUCGCCCGAUACGCCCAAAUCGACGGCAUCGAUCUCGACCUCCCACUCUACCAACAACUCGUCAGCGACCUCAUCCUGACGAAACAGGAAGAAGACCGCCUGUUGUCCACAGAAAGUCCAUUGCCCCCAGUCUUCAAAACCCAGAGCGGCAUCGCCCUGGAUCUGCGCAAGGAGGGUAAGAUGACCGUCAAGCUGUACACCUUUGUCGUCAGCAAGUCGAUGGCGACCGACACCCCAGCGUCGACGCUGUCCCUCGACGCCGUUCGCAAAGUAGACCAGGGUGCCACCCGCCGUUUUGAAGCCGGCCUGCAGCCCAUCCAGGCCUUUUUGGACGAGGGGCAAGGCACGCCGGACGCGAUGAUUCCCGCCUCCCCGACCUCCUUCCACCCGCGCGGCAUGAUUCAGUUUGGCUGCGACCUGGUGGAAAUCGCGCGCACGCGUUUCAAGUUCUACAUCCACGACUAUAUCGUGAAUCCGGACCGGCUGGCCGAGCUGUGGACGCUGGGUGGCCGGCUGCGAGAGGAAGACUGUCCCGGCAUCGAACGCGGGCUGGAGAUUCUGCGCGAGCUGUGGUCGAUCCUCGAGAUCCGCGAGGGAUAUCAUCUUCCCUUCGCCUGUGCACCGAAAGCGGGGGAUCGCGGCAGCUCCAAGCCCCGGUUCUACUACGAUCAGCAGUUCAUCAUCGUCAAUUACGAGAUCCACCCUGGCAAUCCCUGGCCCGUGCCCAAGGUGUAUUUCCCGCUGUUUGGGAUGACGGAGACUGCCGUCAUCGACGCGGUGGGUGCGUUUUUUGAGAGGCUCGGGUGGGCGCAGCAGGCGCGCGUGUAUCGCGAGAAUAUGGUUGCUUGCUUCCCAACUCGCGAUUUGGAGAAGACGACGGAUAUCCAGGUCUGGCUUUCGUUUUCCUAUUCCCCAAAGAAAGGGCCGUAUACUACUGUGUAUUAC